AUGGAGCACGCUCGUCCGCCUCCAGAGCUCUGUUUGGGAGGCAACUCCGUCAGCCGGGCUGACGCAUGGAAAAGGUGGAUUACUCAGUUCCACCUUUUUACGAAGGCAUCAGGGAUGCAGAAGGAGGAUAGCGGGGUACAGGACCUGGAGGACGAGUUGAUCAGAGAUCGAAUCGUGUGCGGCAUUCGCGACAAGACACUUCGCGAUCGCAUGCUGCGGCAUGAAGACCUGACUCUCGAUGCUGCUAUUGGCAUCUGUCAGGUCGAAGAGGUGUCGCAGGAGAGCAGCCGAGUGUUGCAAGCGGGGCCAUCUCGCGUGGAUGGCGUGAACGCACGCAUGGUGCGUUUCGGCAGCGGCGGCAGCAGUGGCGCUGGCAGUAGCGCUACCGGAGGGCGCCGCGGCGGACAGCGGAGCUGGCCACAGCGAGAGCACCGGGUCGCAGUCGGCGCUGCUGACGCCGGUGUGCUGCGACGGGGCUUCGCGAAGACGGCUACGUCAUUGCGUUGUCGUCGAUGUGGAGGCGAGUGCAAGCAUGUUGGCGAGUGCCCCGCCAUAGUUUUAGAUGCCACUUCAGGCUUCUGGUCUGUUAAGUUGGACGACGAGAGUACAGAUUUAUGUACAUUCAUAACGCCGUUUGGGCGUUAUCAAUAUUUGAGGUUACCCUUUGGAUUAAAUAGUGCGCCGGAGAUAUUUCAUGCUAAGAUUCGAUGGAGUUUCUUCAGUCUGCUAUGGCUGCUGAUCUUCGUGGUGGUAGCUGAGGAGACACCGCCGGGGCUGGUGGCGACCGAUACUGAACAGGAUUUGAUAGCUGAAGCGUCCCAAACAGGUGCGCAAGCGCAGAAGCGAGAUGCCGGUUUGUCGAAUUCGUACGGCGAGCCUCUGCCGCCUGAUGCCUACGGACCUCCGCAGAAUAUACCAGUUGUUGUGCAAGAACUUCAACCAGCUCCGGUGUAUGGCGUCCCAGAUUUAAACGUAUUCCAAGACCCUCCACCAGGGGCGUAUGGCCCUCCCGCACCAGUCAUCUUCCCCGAUCAGAACUACGCGGGACCCCCACCGCCGUUGGGUAGACCGAAACCACUAUAUGGACCACCGAAAUUCCACGGCCCGAAGCAGCAGUACGGUCCACCUAAGCCAGUGUACGGACCACCGAAGAAAAAUUACGGACCACCCAAGCAAAACUUUCCUAAAUUCCACGGCAUCUCGUUGAAGCCACCUAAAAUCUCGUUCUCGAAGCCUGGAUUCGGUGGUGGACCGAAACCAAUUUACGGACCACCUAAACCUGUGUACGGACCACCUAAAAUCACUUAUGGUACUCCACUGAACGUUCAAAGCAUCCCGGUGCAGAAUAUCCCACUCGCUCCACCUCCACAAACAUUCGGAUCGAGCACAAACUUCGGCCACAUUGGGAUUGGACACGGUGACAUUGGGAUUGGAACUAUUGGGACCCAAUUCGGAAGCCUCGAGGCCAGCGUUGGAACCAGUAUAGGUACUAAUGACUUAAACUUGAAUCUUCCUGCUCCAAUCUAUGGAACGCCUUUACCGAGCUUGCCGCUAGACUUGAAACCAAACUUCCCCAUCCCCGCUGACACGUAUGGUCCACCCGGACAUUCUUUGGGUCCCAUUGGACCGAACGACCAAAUCGUUAUCCAAAACUUUGACAACAUCGGACACUACGGACCUCCCCAACCGGAUCCGAACCCGCAGCCGCCGCACCCAGGAAUACCUGCCCCACCGACACCCCCACACGUUCUAUACGAUGGCUGGAAACCGAUUCCAGGAGUUUCUAAACCGAAUUACGAUAAUUACAAUGUCAACACUCUUCAAUCCAUCGAAAGUCUUUCACAGACAGGAGGAAACAUAGAAAACUUGGAUCAGUACGGACCACCACCACAGAUUCAGGAGGUGAUUAACGUUGAAGGACAAUCGUUGCCCAAUGUUAACCAGAAUGUUCACUUCCACGGACCUCAAGUGAACACCGGAUACUCUAGCGUUCAUCAGGAUGCCCUCGCUAAUAUCGAUUUGAACGCUAUCGUUGGCGGUGAUUCCAACCACAUCGAUCAGUCGAAGACAAUCUACGAAGCUCAUUACACUGAUAAUGGUCAAAACCAAGACUUAAACCUUAUACAGGCCGUACCCGAAAAGCCUGUUGAAGUUUAUUCGUUGCCAUCUGCGGAAGGAGAAUCGAAUGGACACUAUCAGCAGUCAUUCCGGCAGCUGGGCGCUAAAGGAUUAAAUGCUCCGUCAGGCGUUUAUGGUGUCCCACCAGGCAGUCAAUACGGAGCUCCCCCUAAGCCUCUCCCAGCUAAUCUACCGAUACCGUACGGAACCUAUUCUGGCGGUGGUCAUACAGGUGGACCACACCCGCGUCAUCCCGUGAAAUUCCGAGAGUCCGUACCUGAAGGAUUAAUACAACAGAUCGGUCACGUGUCACAUCAUAAGGAUGCCCAUGGUAUCGAUGAAAUUAGCCAACAUCCCGCCUACUUGCCACCACCGAUCCGUGACGUCAAAGACAUUAACCAACAGACUGGCAACCACGGAUAUUCCGUGCAAAUAGAACCAUCGAGCCUUUACAGUUUACCGCAUUCGGGUAACCCGAUAUCGUUCCAAGUACUACAACAACAACCGAGCAACUUAUACGGCUCACCAAUAGACUCAUAUGCUGCUCCUUUGCUAACUGUCGCUGAUCACACAGCCUCUGGAUCUAGCAAUAACGAAAUCGCAGCGACUCUCGAUGGGACUAUACUCGGAAAUCUUUCGAACUUAGAUGCGGCUGCAAUUUUGAAACAUUGUCCAUACCACGAGGCUAUUUUAAAAGCGGCUCAACGGGGUGAGAGAAUCCCCUCAGAUUUAGCUUCAAAAUAUGUAGCAAGUUUGAGAACUUUGGGAUCGACCUUGCAGAAAGGUCAGCAAUCCUCAGCAGUCUCUGUAGAAUUUGGAGCUUCAGUGGCUGGUAGAGAUUCCGGCAAGUACUCCGCUAAAGAUCAGGAUACUGGUUCUCAGACUAUCGUGGAGACGGUACUGCCAAAUCAUAUCGAGAGUGACAAGAACAAAGCGCAAAAGGGUAAAAUGAUAAAGGAUUCUUAUAAGCAUAAUAUUCAACAAGUAACGGAGCAAAUUAAACAAACAUCUGAGAAAAUAAAGGCUGUAAGUGAAACCACGAAGAGCCUUCAACAAAAUAUCGAGAGUGGCAACCAAAUAAUCAAUCAAAACGGUCAAUACCAAUUUGGUCAAGAGAUUCCCGUCAAAGGAAAUUUAGCGUCGUAUUCAAUCCAAAUACAAUCAGCUAACAGCGACGGCAAAUCAAAUACACCCUCUGUUCCCCACAACCAGUUACUCUCUGAAGAUCUAUUGCAAAGCAUUCUCCAAGCAAUAGAGCAGCCGAGAACGAAUCAGGCCCCCAACAAAGUGGAGAUUGAUCAAAGCCAAUCAAAGCUGAACAAUCAACAAUACGUGGUAAGCGAUAGCAAUCCCAGUAACGACCAGUCGUUCGGUAUACCUAACGCUGAUCAAGGAGGAUUAGUCCUUCCAGAGGGAUAUGAACCAGUCGAUAGAUCCAAUAAAGACAACAAGCAGCAAAAAGACCAAGAAACCCAAAGUUCUAAUACUAGUAUCAAACAGUUGCUUCAAGGCGAGGCGAAAAAUAAACAUAAGGAAUUCAGCGACUGCGAUUUAAGGCCAGACAAUUCCAUCACUCAUACAAUAGUAGUUCCAGCACCAGGUAUAGAAACAGUACAAAGAGUCGACGAAGUAGAAGAUAAUGAAGUCGCCAUUUUCUUUGGUGAAGACGCCAAAGACGAUAAAGAUGAAAAAACGCAGGAGACAGUCACAGAAAUAUCAGUAGCCACCAGCAUUAGCGAAAAUUUAGACAAUAGAGAGAAAAAACCCGAGUUUGGGGAGAAAAUUAAAAAAGAUUCAUGAAUCUGCUGUAAAGUAAUACAUUUCUAGUCUUAUUCUUCUGGUGAGCUCAAAGUUUAGAUUUUUUCCAUAAAAGGAUA